CUGCUGGACAGCUACGCCAACCUAGAGAGAGUCGCCGAGUACUGCGAGAGCAACUACGUACAGUCUCCAGAUAAACACAGAGCUCUAGAAGAAACCAAAAGCUACACCACUCAGUCUUUGGCCAGCGUAGCGUAUCUGAUCAACACUCUCGCCAACAAUGUGCUUCAGAUGCUGGAUAUACAGGCGUCUCAGCUACGCCGCAUGGAGUCGUCCAUCAACCACAUCUCACAGACGGUGGACAUCCAUAAAGAGAAGGUGGCCAGGCGAGAAAUUGGCAUCCUCACCACCAAUAAGAACACUUCCCGCACACAUAAGAUCAUUGCACCAGCCAAUCCUGAGAGGCCUGUACGCUACAUCCGCAAGCCCAUUGACUUCAGUCUGCUGGAUGACGUAGGCCAUGGCGUAAAGUGGUUACUAAGGUUUAAGGUCAACGCCCAGAAUAUGAAAGCGGGUACAACUCCACGCACAGCCGCCCCGACCCAGAAACCACCCAGCCCUCCCGGCCCGGGCAAAGGAACCCUGGGGCGGCACUCCCCUUACCGGACGCUCGAGCCUGUGCGUCCACCCGUCGUCCCUAACGACUAUGUGCCGAGUCCAACACGAAACACCGCACCACCCCUGCAGAGCCCGGCUAGAACUGCAUCCGUUAAUCAGAGGACCCGCACGUACAGCAGUGGCAGCAGCGGCGGCAGUCAUCCCAGCAGUCGCAGUAGCAGCAGAGAGAACAGUGGGAGUGGAAGCGUGGGCGUGCCCAUCGCCGUGCCAACCCCUGCCCCUCCCACCGCCUUUCCCGGCAACGGUCCUCACUUUUACAGUAUGAACCGGCCAAUGACACGGCACACCACGCCCUCAGUGGGAGGUUCCCUGCCCUUUCGCCGGCCGUCAUCAGUUACUGGACAGCCCAACAACAUGCCUCAGAAUUCAAAUCCAAACAUGAUCCAAAACCAGCUCAAUGGAGGGCCACACUACAACCAAAACCAAGCCCCUAUGGCCCCUCCACCCCCCUCUAUUCUCCAGAUCACCCCCCAGCUACCGCUCAUGGGCUUUGUGGCUCGGGUUCAGGAGACCAUCUCAGACGCUCCUCCACCGCCGCCUCCUGCGGAAGAGGUGGAGUUUGAGGAAGCAACCCCGCCCCCGCCUCCUCCAGAGGACUAUGAGGAUGAGGAGGGUGAGGAUGAGGAAGAGUCAGCGGUGGUGGAGUACAGUGACCCCUACGCUGAAGAAGACCCACCAUGGGCCCCUCGAAAUUAUAUGGAGAAAGUGGUGGCUAUUUACGACUACACGUGCGACAAAGAAGACGAGCUGUCCUUCCAGGAGGGGGCGAUCAUUUACGUCAUCAAGAAGAACGACGACGGCUGGUUCGAGGGCGUGAUGAGCGGCACCACGGGCCUCUUCCCCGGGAACUACGUGGAGUCCAUCAUGCAUUACGCUGACUGAGCCAGCGGGUGGCGCUACUGCUCCUCUGUCCAUCAUCUUCCUCAUUCUUUUGUGCGCACAUACACACACACACACACACAAACACAAAUGAAUUCAGCUGCACUACGUCAUGCACAAGCUUGUUGCAGACAGACUGAGAACUUGCGGUGGCGACGAUUUUAACGGGAAAAAACUGUUCGAAUGUGUAAGAUAUAUACAUUAGGAACAUUUAUUCAUCUCUUAAUUUCAGCCUCUUAGAAACAUGUUUCAGAAAAGUGUUGGUUUGCUUGACUUGUGUUGAUAGUGAUCGCUUUGCUUUCGCUCCCAUCCGUCUCUACUCUGGAGGAAUGGGUCUGAUUAGCAGGACAGUUGUACUUUCUCGUGGAAGACGGCCAUCUUGGAUGUGCAUGUUCCUUUUACAUCACCUCUUAACCGUGUGCUGUCCACUGACCAGCAACUGACAAAAAAAGCAUUUGCCAAGAUUGACAGAACAGGGAUUUUAUGCAUAUUGUGGUGCCAGGCAAUAGAGAGACACGUAUGGAUUCAGGUGGGCUUCUUUUCUUUCGUUUUUCAUUGCGUUGGGAGUUGGAUUUCUUUUAAACCGUUACAUUUUGAGUACAGUUCAGUUUGAUAUGUUUAGCAGGAGGAUACACCAAAGGAUUUCAGUGGCGUUUGGGACCGACUACAACCUUAAAAUACUUAUUUUUCACCAUUCCUUUACAUUCAUUUCUUUCCAACAAGAUUUUAUUGCUCGAAAUACUUGCAAGUAUGUGUAUUCUUUGUAUGUAUGAUAAAAAGUAAAAAAAAACAAAAAACACUAUUAAAUUGUUCAGGAAGUUUGUGCCAUAAAGAAAUGUUCGUAGAUGGUCAUAUUUUCGGACGUGAGAGGUUGUUUCUUGAAUCUCGGCACCGGAUGUGGUGUUCUUCAGGAAGAACAUGUGUAUUGUGAUCUUUAACCUCCGAUUCAUCCCUUUGACCAACUGUGGACUUAAAGAUACAAGACUAUUCUAUAUGUAUGUUAUAUAUUGAUUUAUAUUAUAGAAAUACUAUUGUGUUGGUGUAUGACUGGUGUAGAGACAAGAGAACCCCAUUUAUCUGCAAUAACAAAGGCACAGUUAGAAAGUCCUCAGUCGGCGAACUAGAGAUUUUUAAAGCACAAGAGAUGCACGUGAUCGUAGGGAGACCUUAUAAAAUGUGAAGAACUGAUUUUUGGAUGAAGAGACACUAAAAAACAGAAACCAGCCCAAGUUUUAAAUAUCCUCGUACCCACAUGCAGAUAAUGUGGAACAAACUGUACUAAUGCACAGAGACUUUUUCUAUCGAGUACUUUGAUGUCUAUAUGUAAGUGUGUGUGAGUGCGUGAAACCGAUCGAUUUCACCGUUUCUGGAUCAUUGGUGACUGACUCGCUUGUCUGUGUGCAAAUCUUUAUUUUCAACGAAUGGUCUGUGGCGAGGCUGUGUGAAUCGAGUCUUGCAUGUUGAUCAUUUCUGUGAUUUUCCUGCUGAUGGAGAAUAAACUGGCUAUAUCUGGUCUACUUGUUCAUGCUUCCUCCAAGGUCAAGGGUCGUAUAAGGUU